CCGGAGAAAUUUCACAUUUACGAUCUUAUAGAUUCAAAAAUAGCAUCAAAUUCCUUUAGCUAUUCGCCUUUUCUUAAGCCCACCGAACGGACUUUGAGUGUGGAGCGAUGGCGUGUUAUGUGAAGUGAAGAUUGAAGACGUGAUAGAAGAUGGACGACUACUGCUAUGCUAAGAUGGCGACGUCCGCUAAAAGAGAAGAUGAAAGAGAAUCAACUUCCAGCAAAUCACCAACGGAGAUAAAGACGAAAGAUGAAGACGUCCAGCAGCUGAUUGGUAAUCCAGAAGACGUUUCCCCUCAGUUAGGGGGGAGCUCCACUUUGAAGCAGGAGACUCCACAACCACCCUGCAUUAAAAAGGAAGAGGAGGAACUCUGCAUCACUCAGGAGGGAGAGUGUCUUCUAGGACGAGAGGAAGCUGAUUACACCAAGUUUCCACUGAAUGUUAUCUUUGUGAAGACUGAAGAUGAUGAAGAGAAACCACAAGGCGAAGACGAGGUUGAAGAACCUUUGAGCAGCGAUAAAGACUGUGAAGACCUCCAGCAGCUGAUCGGUAAUCCAGAAGAAGUUUCCCCUCAGUUAGGGGGGAGCUCCACUUUGAAGCAGGAGACUCCACAACCACCCUGCAUUAAAAAGGAAGAGGAGGAACUCUGCAUCACUCAGGAGGGAGAGUGUCUUCUAGGACGAGAGGAAGCUGAUUACACCAAGUUUCCACUGAGUAUUCUCUCUCUGAAGACUGAAAAUGUUGAAGAGAAACCACAAGUAGACAACCUCUUAGCUCCACUAUCAGAUAGUGAGGCUGAAGACGAGGUUGAAGAACCUUUGAGCAGCGAUAAAGACUGUGAAGGUGAUAUGAGGACUCACACUGACAACAAACACUCUGAAUGCUCUUCAAAGAAGAGAGGUCAAUCAUGUUUGAACUGCUCAGUUUGUGCUAAAAGUUUUACAAGAAAGAGCAAUUUGGCUCAACAUAUGAGAACACACACAGGUGAAAAACCAUUUAAUUGUUCAGUUUGUGGAAAAAGCUUUUCUCAAAAUUGCACUUUGACUGCACAUAUGAAAACACACACGGGUGAAAAACCAUUUGAAUGUUUAGUUUGUGGCAAAAGCUUUGCUCUAAAUAGCCGUUUGACUCAACACAUGAGAACACACAUAGGUGAAAAAACAUGUUAUUGUUCAGUUUGUGGUAAAAGCUUUAAUCAAAAUAGCAGUUUGACUCAACACAUGAAAACACACACAGGUGAGAAACCAUUUAAAUGUUUAGUUUGUGGCAAAAGCUUUCCUCUAAAUUGCCGUUUGACUCAACACAUGAGAACACACACGGGUGAAAAAACGUUUAAUUGUUCAUUUUGUGGAAAAAGCUUUUCUCAAAAUAGUGAUUUGACUGAACACAUGAGAACACACACAGGUGAAAAACCUUUUAAUUGUUCAGUUUGUGGAAAAAGCUUUUCUCAAAAUAGGUCUUUGACUAAACACAUGAAAACACACACAGGUGAAAAAACAUUUAUUUGUUCAGUUUGUGGCAAAGGCUUUUCUCAAAAUGUCCAUUUAACUCAACACAUGACAACACACACAGGUGAAAAAACAUUUAAUUGUUCAGUUUGUGGCAAAAGCUUUUCUCACAAUUGCAAUUUGACUCAACACAUGAGAACACACACAGGUGAAAAACCAUUUAAUUGUUCAGUUUGUGGUAAAAGUUUUUAUCGAAAUUGCCGUUUGACUCAACACAUGAAAACACACACAGGUGAGAAACCAUUUAAAUGUUUAGUUUGUGGCAAAAGAUUUUCUCAAAAUUGCCGUUUGACUCUACACAUGAGAACACACACAGGGGAAAAAACAUGUAAUUGUUCAGUUUGUGGCAAAAUAUUUUCUCGAAAUAGCUCUUUGACUGAACACAUGAGAAGACACACAGGUGAAAAACCAUUUAACUGUUUGAUUUGUGGUGAAAACUUUUCUAUUAAGAGCCAUUUGACUGAACACAUGAGAACACACACAGGUGAAAAACCAUUUAGUUGUUCAGUCUGCUGUAAAAGGUUCCCACAUAAUGCAGACGCAGUAAAACACAUGAGAACACACAAGGGAAAAUAACCAAUUAGCUGUUAAGUUUGUGGUAUGUUGCUCAUAUGUGGCGACAUCCACCCUACCCAGGACCUCCUCACUGCUUCUUUCACAAAUAUCUGAGGUAUUCAUACAAACUUGUAUUUUUUGGAGCAUAAUCUUAUCUACUCAUAACCCCAUGUCUUCUCUGUAUCUGAAACCUUCCUGAACAGUAAGAUAGAUGAUGCUUCAAGUGCUUGGUUACUCCUUCUUCAGUCCAGGGACCUGGGGCCUCAUGUGUCAAGUUUGUGUACGCUCAAAAACCUGCACUACACCCUUUUUCACUGCAGAGUUGAGAUGUAUCAAAACUGAUGUUGACGCAUAAAUGAUGCUGGGUAACUGUUUGCAUAACAAACUGCCAACCUUUACUCCUCAGAGUGAUUGAUGUGCAAAUCAGAGACAUAUGAACAAUUAACACCCAAAACCCAACCCCCACCUCCCGCGACAUUCGGGCAUAACAGGUUCAAUCCGGCCCGCGAUACGAGUUUGCGAAUUUAAAAUUUAGUUGCAUUUUUUCAAGAAAGAAACUGCUGUUCUAAUUGUGUCCACUGGAUGUCGCAAUAGUAAUGUUGUUAGGCAAGCAAAUAGUUUAUACUAAGACGAGCAAGUAUACCAAGCAAGAGGUACACGACUCCUCCCCCUCAUCCCAACAGGAGUAAAAUAAGCAAUCAGUAACCCCACUUAAAAUGCAGCAUGAGACACUGCACACUGAUAUAGUUCUGUGAAAAUGAUUGUCUUCUGUGCAAAUGUAAAGAAAGUGAACAGUGUGUGAUUUACUGCAAUACUGUCAGUCUUUGAACUUU